AGAGAACAGAGGAAUCUUGGUAUAAGUGAGCACAGAUCCCAGUAGGUCGCAGGACAUGAAAAACAAUGACCGGAGUGUUUGACAGCCUUGCUGCAGAUAUGCAUUCGAACCAAAUUACCUCGAGUUAUCACACCAUGCACAAGUCACAGGAGUCUCCAAAUUUGCCAGUGUCUACUGCAACUGACAGCAACUACUACAAUGGGCAACAGCACGGUCCCUGCGCCGGGCCACCUUAUGGACAGCUGAAUUCCUACCAGUUCCAUGUUGGUAACAUGAACAACCUUUCGUACAGUGCCAAAUCCUACGAAAUUAGUUAUACAAAUUGUUACAACUCCUACAGCCCCUAUGGUUCAAGUAAUUCGCCUGCAAAUACUGAUGUCGAGAAAGAAGAGUGCGAGCCUGAAAUCAGGAUAGUAAAUGGAAAACCAAAGAAAGUUAGAAAACCUAGAACUAUUUAUUCCAGCUUUCAGCUAGCAGCUUUGCAGAGACGUUUUCAGAAGACGCAGUAUUUAGCUUUGCCAGAAAGGGCUGAGCUGGCUGCUUCCAUGGGCCUUACCCAAACUCAGGUAAAAAUCUGGUUUCAGAACCGCCGGUCUAAAUUUAAGAAAAUGUGGAAAAACGGAGAAAUGUCAAAAGAGCAGAAUCCAAGUGCCGGCGAGACUCCACCUCGCAGCUCUCCUCCAUCCUCGAUAGCAUGGGAUUAUUCUCCCCACCAGAGAGUCAGCAACAACUCAACAAUCGCACAGAACAACGGCCCGGCCGCCGCUUUUAUAGGAAACUACUCCUGGUAUCCUGGUUCAAAUAGUGCUUCACAUUUUCAGUCAACUCCAAUUCUUCAGCAUCAGCCCACUAUCAACCCAGGGGCAAUAUACUGAGGACUGCAGCCCGCUUAGAUGACAGACUGUCGAAAGACUUCCUAUGACAGGGAAUGUUCAAGUGUUUCAAACAAAACAAAAACAAAUUACUCAGUACCAUCCUUUAUAACGUUUGUAUUAACUGGUGCCUUUGCAAAUGACCUCAUUUUCUAUGUUUUCAAACGAACUGUGUGGUAUUUCUGAACUGCAGACAGUUCAGCGCUGUUACAAUGCCUCGUCGUUAAUAAAAUUCGCUGUGUAGACGAUCGAACAUAAUCUGUAAAUAUCCUUGCGUGCAGAACGACCUGAAUACGAAUGUGCAUCUAUUGGAUUAUUUGUUGUGAUAUAGCCAUGAUAUUCUUGUGUUCCUUAUGUAGCUGCGCCAAUGAUGUCUGAGUUACUGUACUGUUGAUAUGUAUCUGUUGGUUCAAUCCUACGUUUAAAGUCUUCUGGGCAAUGAGUUAAAUUGUGCUACUGAUUUUUCCAUAAGUCAUAGAUUUGGAAACAUAACUAUUUUCUUUAUUUAUUCUAUAAAACAACUUCUUUACAGUGUUGCUUUUUAUGAAAAGAAAUAUAUUAUUUAAAUAAAUAUUGUUUAAUUGUUAUUUCUAUGUCGCUAGUUUAAUUACAAACUUUUGAGUAAAGCCAUUUUUAAAUUAAAAAUGUUCUCAUUUGGUUUUAGUUGAGUGCUUUAUUGAAAUGUCCAAGAAAAACAGCCUUUAACGAUCAGAGAUA